UCCCUCCGAGCCUAUUCAAAAAUCAGGUUCGGUGCUGAACCUUUGAAAUAUUUUAGGCUCGGAUAAAUUCAACCCUUCAAACGCUCUGGGUUUGGAAAGCCGUUGGAUCCUGAAAUUUGAUUUGGAAACCUUCUUUGGUUUCUUUUCUUCCCUUUUGCUUUGUCUAAUUUUUCCAUCUUUUUCGCUACUCACAGAUUCCCUCCCGACCUUUGUCCCUGUGCAACUUCACUAUUUUACUUCAGCACUUGAUUAGAUUCCUUUUACACGGCAAGUUUUCAUCUUCUUCGUUUUCAUUCUCUUGUUUCGGGUGAAUUUGAGAAAACUGAUAUGAGCCCAGUUUCAAGAAUCAAAAUCCAUUGCACAAACCUGUUUGAUCUUUUGAAAUAAAUUUGUUGCUCUCAAUUCUGAGUCUUUUCUUGAAAACCCUUUUGGUUUCUUGAAAUUUGAGUACAUAUUUCUGAGCAUUCUUGGAGGUUAUACCGUUGUAUGUAUACAAUGAAAGGGGAUAAAAUGGCAAAGAGAUCCUCCUUUGGAAGCAUGGUGAGGAGGAGGCUCUCAGACAUUACUAAUUCUCAGCCACAGCCUAAAUCUCCUUCAUGUCCUGAAAAAUUGCCGCCUGAUGCUGCUUCUGCUAAAGAAUACAUUGACCAUCUUGCCAAGGAAAACAUGGCCUUGGUGAAGCUUAUUCAAGACAAAAAUCUGAAUUUUGUUAACAGUAAAAUUAUAGAACUGACUGGAAUUGAGAUUCAGAACUUGAGAACCUGUCUUCAGAAGAUGCAGCUGCAAAAUUGGAACCUUGCUCAAGCAAACACUCAUAUGUUAGCAGAACUUAAUUUGGGCAAAGAAAGGUUAAAAGGAUUACAGCAUGAGGUUAUGUGUAAAGAAGCACUUCUUAAGACAAAGAACUUGCAACUGAAGGGGCAGGGGGAAGUGAAUCUUCAGAAAACAGAACUUCAGGAAGCAGUGGUGACUAAAGAAUCUGCACUGAAUGAGGAUAAAAGUACUAGAUCUUGCAAUGACGGCAGGAGGCGCCGUCUCUCUAGAAGUCGAUCUUUGGGCAGUUCAGUGAUACCUCCCCAGCAUGCUGAAAAGGAGGCUAUAGUAAACAAAAGGCGUUGUCUGAGAAGGCAAUCUGCAAGUUCGAGAAUUAGACAACCUGAGGAACCAGCAGACAAUUUGUUUGAGAUCGACGAUGCCAAGUUUCCUGUUGUGUCUCCAUCUGCUGAAGGAUUACUAGCCGACUGUAGUUGUGUCUCUGAAUUGGAAGCCCAAGCACGGCGAACAUCUAUUUCCAGGCCGUCACGCAAAGCAGUUGAAAAGGUUCAAUCUUACAAGGAAAGGCCUAUCAAUGUUAAAAUGAGGAGAUCAGAGUGACUUGUAAGGAAGAAAUGCAAUCAAGAAUUGUAUUUUCCCUGUGCAUUCUUGCACCUUAGUCCAAAAAUGUUAUGUAUAAUGUCAUCUAAACCACCAUUCAAAAGUGUUUUAUGUGCACUAGUUACUAAUUUUGUUCUCUAUCGUGGAAGCAUUUUUGUUGUAGUCAGUUGCUUUUGGCAAGCUUGAUUGUGUUGAUGGG